AUGUCUCCCCCGGCCUCCGUGGGUUUCUCCAAUCUCCUGAACCCUCAAGAAGCAGCGGAUCCUGCCUCCUCUUCUUCUCCUCAAUCCACUGCAUCACCUUCCUCUGAACCCUCCAUGGCGUCUUCUGUGAGCUUGCUGCCGCCCCUCAUGAAGGGUGCGCGCCCCGCCAACGAGGAGGUCCGCCAGGAUCUUCCCCGGCCCUACAAAUGCCCUCUCUGCGACCGUGCUUUCCACCGACUGGAGCACCAGACCCGUCACAUCCGGACGCAUACCGGCGAGAAGCCCCACGCCUGCCAGUUCCCUGGCUGCACCAAGCGCUUCAGCCGCUCUGACGAGCUGACCCGUCACUCGCGCAUUCACAACAAUCCCAACUCGCGCCGAAGCAACAAGGCUCAGCACCUCGCGGCCGCCGCGGCCGCUGCGGCGGGCCAGGAUGCCGCCAUGGUCACCGCGGCCAACAUGAUGCCCCCGCCCAGCAAACCCAUCUCUCGCUCGGCGCCCGUCUCCCAGGUCGGCUCCCCCGAUGUCUCCCCCCCACACUCCUUCUCCAACUACGCCAACCACAUGCGCUCCAACCUGGGUCCUUACUCGCGCACCACGGAGCGCGCUUCUUCGGGCAUGGAUAUCAACCUCCUGGCCACCGCAGCCUCGCAGGUCGAGCGGGAUGACCACAUGGGCUUCCACGGAUCGCGACACCACAUGUACGGCUCGCGCCAUCACACUGGGCGUGGCCUGCCCUCGCUCUCGGCCUAUGCCAUCUCACAGAACAUGACUCGGUCGCAUUCCAACGACGAUGACGACGGCUACGGGCAUCGGGUGAAGCGCUCGCGCCCCAACUCGCCCAACUCCACCGCUCCCUCGUCCCCGACCUUCUCGCACGAUUCGCUUUCGCCCACUCCCGACCACACCCCCUUGGCUACUCCGGCGCACUCCCCCCGCCUGCGCCCCUUGGGAGCGAAUGAGCUGCACCUGCCUUCCAUCCGCCACCUGUCUCUCCAGCACACUCCUGCGCUGGCACCGAUGGAGCCCCAACCCGAGGGUCCCAACUACUACAGCCCCGGCCAAGGCCACAUGGGUCCCAGCAUCACCGACAUCAUGUCAAAACCGGACGGUACGCAGCGUAAGCUGCCCGUGCCGCAGGUUCCCAAGGUUGCGGUGCAGGACAUGCUCAACCCCGCCACUGGCUUCGCUUCGAUGUCCUCGUCGACGAGCAAUUCCGUCGCGGGCGGCGACCUGUCAGAUCGCUUCUGA